AUGCACACAGUUUUUCUUGGCCGGUGCGAUGGAGAAAAUAAAUGAAGAUAUUUGGAUAAAUAUUCUAGGGUUCCUGCCCAUGAGUGAUCAGUUGUCACUGGCCCAAGUCACUGGAAGUAUCUGCUCCUACGUGAAAUACCACUGGAAUCAUCUAAAGUCGGUGACCCUUACUGGAGAUGACUUGAAAUCACUGGACAGGAGUGAGAAGUUGAUGCAGGAAUGCCUGGGCGGUUGGUCAGGAUCUGUUCAGGUGCUUAACCUGGCCGGGUGCUGCAGGGACCUGCUGAUGAAGUGGACCGCCUACAGCUUUCCCCAUCUUCGAUCGCUUGACUGUCACAUGGACUACAACCUGGAAGAGGCCGACGAGGAGACUCUACUGCUGACCGAGCUGUUUCCGCUUCUGACCAGUCUCACAUUAAGUAGCAGCACUACCGGCUGCCAUUUAAGACGCUGGAGGCAACUGAAAGAACUGAACCUCAUCUGGUGCGAGUACCUGGACGCGGACACUUUCGAGGAAAUCUUCAGCAGCCUAAAACUGACUAAGCUAACCCUUCUCUAUUACGGCUACAAUGUGAACCUGGGCGAGAAGGUGCUGGACGUCACCCUGUGCUCCACGCUGGAGGAGCUGAUCAUCGACGAUCAUCACUUGUUGGGCGCAUUUAUGCCCCUAUUAAUGGAUCUGCCACACUUCCGCCGGCUGGUGUUUUACACUCGGGACUACUACGAGCAUUUGCUGGGCUUGGUGGCCAGACGCCACCCGCUCAAGGUGCGAUCACUGCUCUUCAACGACUCUUUCUGGAGCAGCGAACGGGUGGCCGAGGAUAUCCUGGGCAUGACCAAUCUUCGCCGGCUGGUCCUGCAGGAAGAUGACAUUGAUUCGCAGCAGCUGCAUGCCAUCUGCCAAAGGCUGCCGCAUUUGGAGGAGCUCCAUCUCUUGCAGAUGCGCGAACUGCCCCCGCCCACCCGAUUGUGGAACCUUAUAUGUUCCUGUCCCGAGCUCAGGAUCCUCAAUCUGUCGUCCAAUAAGUUGGCCAGUUCCUCAGUGGAGUUCAGUUGGUCGCGUCUCCCCAAAGUUCUGCUCAACCGCAGCUCACCGCUGACCCUGCACCUCCACAACACUGGUUUUCUUCCUGAAAAGGUGCUUCCCGCUAUGAAUCAUGGUAAUUUACAAAUCUCAUUCAAACCCGUGCAUUUAAAUAUUUGGAGUUCACGAUUUGUGGAAAUCGAAUUCAGUCCCGAAUCGGCAUAGCAAUUUAAAAAAUCGCAUUUCAGAUACAACAACAACAGGUUUAUUCGAUUUACGAAUAGCCUAAAGUUAACGUAAAUUGUGAUUUAAUAAAUAUGUAUUUCGACAAGCGUUUAAUAAACCGAACAUUGGUUUAAAACUGUCUUAA